AUGAGUAGUCCUUUGGUAGAGAAUGUUCAGCAGCGACUGUGUGCUGACAUGUGUACUGUCUGUGGUGACAAGUCGACAGAUAAAGAAUGCAUUAUAACUUCCAAAACUAGAAAUUGUUGUCAAUAUUGCCGUUUGCAAAAAUGCUUUCGUGUAGGAAUGAAAAUUGAAGCCAUAAGAGCUGAAAGAAAUCAGAAAAAGAGGGAAAAGGAGCAAAUAAGAGAGAAAAAUUUUUUGGCAGUUUCGGAUAUUGAAAACUUAAUCGAAAAUUUGGUAAAAUCGUAUGAUAAUGCCUUUCCGAGCGAUGUUUCAAUAAGCAGUGUCGGUCAUGCUAAAUCACUUUUUAAAUUAUUCUUAUCUGAUAGUUCUUUAUUUGAGCCUGCACAAAAUUCGAUUAUAAAUGCAUGCAUCGAAUCUUCAUUUCUUUUAGCACUGUUGGUACGAGAAUCUUUCAAUAGAACUGAUUUUGGCGCACAGUUUUUAAAGAAUUAUGAUGCUGAAAUCGAACGAAUUCGAGGAAGAUUUGCUGCUAUGCUACAAAAGGAUGUUGAAGUUUUACUCACUAUAUUAAGUCUGAUAAUCACCAAUACAUCAAUAUCGAGUGGAUUUCUUUAUGGGAUUAGCGGUAAGCUGACUUCGUGCCUAAUGCUAAUUAUGCAUCGAAUAAGUGCUGAUGGAGCGGAUAUUUUCAGUGAAGUUAUCACAUUUUUAUUAAAUUUAUCAGAACGUAUUACGUCAUUGCGUACUGCCGACAAUAGUAUUAUUUAA